GGCCAAUCGAGCCCAAUCCAGCCAAUCCUCGUGCUUGCCAGCGCAUCAACGCCGGCAGGCCCCCGACAUCCCGCCCACCAACCUGGAAAGCGCCCACAGCUCCCACACCCCCCCAGUUGCCCGCAUGGACGUGCGACGAUCGUUGGAACCCGCAAAUCUCGGUGUCUCGUUCGCUCCCGGCCAAGUGUUUCCUAGGCGUGCGUGCAGCAAGGUAGCAGCAACCAGAAGCUGCCAAGGCCAAGAAGAGUGAUGGGAGGAGGAGGAAGGGACGAGCCCGACGACACCAUGGAUCAUGGCAGUCCCCAAGACGAGCCUCUUUCGCGCUUCGGCUCGUCUUCAGACUCCCUUGACCAUCUCGGCAAUUCCGACCGCCACGAUCGCGAUCACAAUCACGAUCAAUCGCACCACUCACCCCGUUCAACACGGAAACAGCAACAGCUUCAGUACUCCGACCGCCUCGCCGACCUGCGAUUGCACUACGUCCCAGAUCCGCACAGCUCCUCUGCUGAUGUUGAUGCCCCCGAACACGAUCCACAAGCUCCCGACGACGUGGUAGACCCGGCCGAUUUCUACCGCAGUUACCAAAGCGUGCAGCAGCGCGGAACUGCCGAAAGAGCUGGAAGUGCUGGGAAUGUCUCCUCGCCGGUGAAGGACCCCAUGGCUCCGGCCGUGAUAAGCAGCCCCCGGCAACCGCCCUCUCUGCGUUCGAACGGGAACGGAACCACCCCGAAACACCCUGCCGUCCCCGUGUCGCACCGCAACGCCCUGCGACCGGGCCAGCGUUCGAUUUCGAACCCGGUAGACAGCCGAUCCGGGAAUCUUGGAACUGGAGGCACACGGCCUGCAGCCACAGCAGACGGUCGGCGUGGCAUAGCCGGCAGCACUCCGCCCAGCGUGAAGGAUCUCAAGAAGAAAUUUGACCAGCCCGCAUCCCAAUCCGCUUCCGGCACCCGGAAGACCAUCCCGAGGGCCUCAACGCGGGACACAGCCUCGACGGGCGCCAUUGGGAAGUCUCCCGGCGCCGGGAGUGGUGCAACCUCGCAGGGCGCACCGAGGACGUGGGCGACACGAGACACAGGACGCGAUCCCGGGAAGGGUUCUGGGACGCGGAGCGCACAGCGACCCAAGCCCGCUGCUGAAGACCAAGGCUCCGGCACUUCGCAAUCGUUUGCUAGCAGGAUAUCUAGGCCGCGACCUGUCGGUUCCGCCACCGCGAAGCCAUCCAAGUCCACGGCGCAAUCCGCCCCGCAUCGCCAGAACGGCCUCUUAUUUGGCGAGAUCCUCCCGGAGCAGCACGACUCGGUCACACCCGGGUUCGGCAUCGAAUCGGCCCGGCCCAGGACUUCCGAGUCCAGCAUUUCCGACCCUGUGCGGCGACAAAUGAGGACCCUCUCGGAUCCGGAUAUCGAACCGCCCUCGCCAACCGAUUGGUACCGGGCAGUCUCUCCCCCGACUGCGCAGCAGACCACAGAUCGCCAUGCGUCGAACACACCACGAACCCAACAUUCUCGGGCCCACAGCGACCUUGCCGGAUCCAAACUAACCUUGGCGCGUCCUGACUACGGCGCGGGCAGGCCUGACGCCGAAUUUCCCAUAUCACCUACCUCGCCGACCUCGCCGACCUCGCGCCUCCCGAUACUUGCUAGGAGGGUGAACGACGCCUCGAGCCACGGCAGCCCCGUGUCGACCCGGUCCAACUCUCCUUCCACCUUCGGCAAACACUCCGCAUCAAGCGGGAGAACGUCCAGGCAACACGGGCCACUGGCUUCGCGCGCGAGGACGCCUACGACGAGCUCCGCUCCCAGGUUGUCAAGCAGAACCUCCAGCUCCACUCGCAAGCCUCCUCCAUCCAACCUCUCCACCACCCAGUCCAGCAGCCGGCUCAAUGCCUACGUCUCCAUCCCACCUCCGAAGCUGUCCCCAACCCUGCGAAGCUCUCGGCCACGACAGUCGGUUGCCACUGCCACAACCGCCGCGUCGAGAAUGCGAGCCGCGGAAAGGGGCAGCUCCCCCCUGAGGCAACCACAACGGCCUGCCUCCCGGACGGAAGAUUUGACCUCCCGGAGGCCCAAGGUAUCCGUUGGCGCGAUCGACUUCGCACAACGGCGGGAAACCAUCAAGCUAGCCUACAGCAAGUCCAUUCGGGAGACCCAGGCAAGAGAAGCCAGGCAGGCCGCCGCAGAGAAGAGAAAGAGAGAACUGGCUGCCGUCGCCGAAGCCAAAGCAGAGGCUGAGGCGGCUACGUCUACGGCCACGGCGGCUGCCAAUGCUGCGGCUGAUGCUGCUCCGACGCCACCAAAGACAGCCGGCGGGCAUCGUGAGGCGACGGCGGAACAGAAAGUACCCGAGAUCGAACUGCAACAGGCCGAAAAAGGGACGUCAUCUACGGCCCAAGCACCAACAGAGGAAUUCCAUGCUCGGCCUGAUUCCCUCAGGUUGGAAAUUCCGGGCAGUUUUCCAGGUAGCGGGUCUCCAUUGGGCGAACCGGACGGAGUUCCAUUUUCUGCGGUUUCCAUGACAAGUGCUGUUACCGAGUUUGAUACAGAGGUGCAGACCGAUCCGCCCAGGCAGGAGAUUCCGAAAUCGAGAUCUACGGAUGACGACGCACCGGAAGGGGCGGCCGCUCCGAGCCAGGCCGAGACCGCACCUCAACCUGGUACGACCGAGCAACUGCCGGAGCAAACGGUCGCCGCCCCUGCUUUGCACAGGAGAGCAUCAUACCGGUCCCCGUUCGAUGACGAGGGCGACGAACAGGAUAGCAUCUCCAUCAAGAUCUCUCUGGACCCGUCAUCGCUCACCAAACCGCAAGCCUCGCCCGAGGUCACGCCGACCCGCGCGACCUUUGAAUCUCAACCGGAAACCCCUCCCGCCCCUCCUCCGGUCGAGGAAGAAGACGACGAAUAUGUGCCGCGGCCGUACACGUUCUCAGACAACUACAAGACCACUGUUACCAUACUGGGCCCAGAGCCUGAUUUCAGGCCGUCGCACAAGGAGCCGCCUCGUGCAACCACAUCCCAAACCGGCGUGUCUCAAGAAGAUGAGCCUCCCACCACCAGCGCCCCUGAUAUUGUCGUCCCCGAGGCUUCGCGAAUGGGGGGCGCUUGCUUUGGCGAGCCUCAAGUCGAGAUUGAGAACCUGGAUCGGAUCGAGGAUUUCUAUACCGGGCCGCGCCUGCGUGACAAUAUCGCUGCCCUACGUGAUCCGACUCUGGCAUCGUCCGAUCCUGGCACGCCUUUUGAUGCACGGCCGCCCUCAGCCGAGUGUCGAAGGUUGUCGGACGCUUCGCACACCCUGGCUGUUCCCGGACUGCUCGCCCCCGGGAACCGGUCUAGCCAGCACUCUGCAUGGACUGAUUUCUCGUUCGGUAGCGAAGAUCGAGACGCUGGCCACCCUAGUUCUGCGUCACAAUUGCAUAGAGCAGGUCUCCAUGACGACGGGACGUCGUUCCGAGCUGUCCCUUCCACGGGCGAUCUCAGUACAUGUGCGUCAAGCGUUGGAGAGCUCGUGCAAAGCCCGGAAUCGCCGGCGCUGGAAAGACCUGGCACUUCAUCGUUCUCCACGAUUCCUGAGUUGGCCGGCGGCCAGCAGCGGCUCCCCGAACCCGCCAAUGCAGGGACCUUCACGCCGCUUAGCAACGGGUCCGAUACAGGGGGGGUAGCGCCACUUCCCGAGCGUGACCCUCCCCGACCGCCCCCAUCCGAGCGCGGGUAUGAGCGGGAUGGCGCUUUUGAUCUCGCGCAGAGCCGACCAGGGAGCUACGCAUACAGCCACGAAGGGAACCUUCCCGAACCCGUGUCGUCACCGCAAUCCCUUUCACAGCUCCGCCUUGACCGAGAUCCAUCUCGGGUCUCGGUGGGUGAGGCGCCGUAUGAUGGACAGAUCCCGCUGACGGAGAAAGAGAAAGAGGAGCAGCAACGGCUCCGGCAGAGGCAGCUGGUGAUUCGGGAGCUCAUCGAUACGGAGGAUGCUUUUGUUCGAGACAUGACCGUCGUCGAAGAGAUCUACAGGGGCACGGCCGAGGCGUGUCCGAAUCUGGACAGCAAGACAGUCAAACUGAUCUUCAGGAAUACGGAUGAGAUCAUUGCGUUUCAUACCGCUCUUCUCGCCGAGUUCAAGGAGGGCGCCGCGAGCGUGUACACUCCCAAGGGUAAGCGCUCGCCUCAGCCAAUGCCAGAUGGAAAGGAGUCCGACCCGACGGCCGCGAAUUACUUCUCCUUCUCUGCCAACAGGCCGGAGAAGGACGACGAGAAGGACCGCCUCACCGCCAUUGGCUCAGUUUUUAUCAAGAACAUCGAGCAACUCAAGGCGGUGCAUGAGGUAUAUCUGAGAUCCAGCGACAGCUCUUCGAAGCGUCUCGUGCAGAUUCAGGAAGACGAGACUGUCAUGCUCUGGCUUAACGAGUGCAACGAGGUGGCCAAGGAACUGACCAGCGCCUGGAACCUGGAUUCGCUCCUCAUCAAGCCGAUGCAGCGCAUCACAAAGUAUCCCGACAUCAUCACCCACUUGCUCAAGUACACCCCGGAGGACCAUCCGGACCGUGAAUCGCUCAUCAAUGCGCGGGCACAAGUAAUCGGGGCGAUUGACGAGAUCAACAAGACCAAGAAGAACUUUGAGCUGGUUGGGCAGAUCGUCAGUAAUCGGAAGCGCAAAGAGUCGGACGUGCGGACCGGGAUAGCAAGAGCGUUCGGAAAGCGCGUCGACAAACUCCAGGUCUCCGCCGCCGCCAAGCCCGCCGAAGAUAGCGAGUACCAAAGGCUCCAGCAGCAGUUUGGCGAUGACUACUUGCGGCUCCAGGUUGUGCUACGAGACGUCGAGUACUACACCAGGAACGUUGCCACCUACGUGCAUGAGUUUCUCCAGUACCUCUCCUCUAUGGAGCUCGUCAUGCGCCUCCAGCCAUCCAGGGAUUAUGCGCACCUGGAGAGCAAAUGGGUGCAGUUCAACGUAUCCAUGAGGGACAUCGAGAAGAUCGCCUUGGAGAGACAUGUGAGUGCCGUCCAUGAUUCCACGAUCUUGUAUCUUAUUUUUUUUUUUAUUUGCUGAUGCGGUCUUCCAGCUCGCCGAUGUUCGGAAACAUGUCAUUGAGCCCUUUGAACAGGUCA